UUGUUAGGAAAUAAUUAUAUAGUAUCUAUAUUUAUGGUAAUAGUUUAUUCAUAGUAGGAGUUUAUUCUCUCCUAUUCUCCUACUCCUGUUUAUGGUAGGAUUUCUCCUAUAUAUAUUGUAUUGUACCCUUCAAUAUUCUCUUGAGUAAAUUCAAUAUUCCAAUAUGGUAUCAGAGCGAACGGUCCCUUCUCUCUCUCGUCUCUCACGGUAACCGAAAAAAAAACUACAACCCAAUUAGGGUUCCGCCGAUCAUGGCGACCAGCACUACCGAUCCCAUGGAUCAACUCCCAACCGGCCUGAAACUUUUCGUCCGGAAUCUCCAAUCUCUAACUCCUGCAAAACUUGAUGAUACCAAUUAUCCAUCCUGGUCAGCCACUGUUCAAGCAAAUUUAUCGGCGCAUCGCCUUCUUGAAUACGUCGACGGUACAAAGGAGAUCCCACCGCCAUUCAUACCCGACGAGAAGGCCCCAGCAGACAAAGGUGCGCCUACUCUGAAACCUAAUCCUGCCCAUGAAGUUUGGAAGAUCAUUGAUGCCCAGAUUCGAGCAUGCCUCCUUGCGGUUGUUUCUCCUACGGUGCAAGCCCAUAUUCAUUCUUUACCCACAUCGGCUGAGAUAUGGAGUCAUCUACAACAACGAUAUAAUUCUCUGUCUCGAACCCAUAUUUUUCAAUUGAAGGACAAGCUUCACAAUCUUCGCAAGGGAACAGAGUCGAUGCAAAAAUUUCUUGAUCAAGUCCUUGGUAUUGUGAACUCUCUUAAACUUGCUCAUGAGGUUUUGUCCGAACAUGAUAUUAUUCUAUGUGUUCUUCGUGGUCUCCCUGCGGAAUACGCGUCUCUUAAACAGAAUGUUCGUACGAAUAUUGGACACUUAACCUUUAAUCAGGUUUCUGCAUGGCUUCUGUCUGAAGAACUGAAUGUACAGAUUGAGCAAAAACUGCAUCUAGAGGCCGUGGCCGUGGUGGACCAAACCGAGGCAGAGGAGGCCCCGUUUUUGGAAACAGAGGAGGACGGCAGGGACUGCCCACCGGCAGUCGUGAUGAUCGACGGGAAGACCGCCGCCCGGGUCUCGGUGUGGAAGGCAACCGAGGACGGGGUGGUUCUCGUGGGGGACAGCUUGUCUACCAACUUUGUGGGAAGCCUGGCCAUGCUGUGUGGAACUGUUGGCAUUGCUAUGAUGAGUCUUACUCUGGUCCCCCACAGGCAUACUACACUCAACAAUCUGCUGAACCCAAUUCAAACGGGCAUUUGGAUACUGGGGCAAACGCUCAUGUCACUCCUGACUUAUCAUGGUUACAGUAUUCUUUUCCAUAUCAGGGCACCAAUUCUAUCACCGCUGCUGGAGGUAAUACCUUUCCCAUCUCUCACACAGGCUCAGGCGGAGUGCUUCCUCAGCGGCCUGACUUUUUUCCGAAUUUUGUCAGACUAUAAAUCGUUGAAGGUGGCCAUGGUGGUGACGAGCUCGUCGAUAAUUGCCUCUUUGGACCCGGACGCCAUUGAAGAUGAUGCCCUAUUCACCUUUUCCUUAUCACUACAAAUGGGCCAUGUCUGCUCUGGAGGGGUCAGAAUGUCAUCGUCGUCGUCAGUAAGCAACAUCGACGUCCAACGAGCGUCGGACCCCCCGGGGUUACUCUUAUCUCCAGACUCCGACGUCUUGGUCCGUUUUGUCUGGGAGACCUCACUCGGCACCGGAGCCCACUUUGGGUGUGCAAACAAUAUCUCCCACGCUUUGAUGUGUGGGAAAGAUGUAUUAUACCGCUCUUGGUACGUGUCCAAGGUCCUUUUUAAAACAUCUUCGUCACUAGCUCAGCUUUGCAGAGUGAGGGCGACAGAGUUGUGUAUAUCGGCCAACUUGUUGACUUUUGCAUUCAAGUCGCAGUAUUUGGAGAAGAUGGUGUCGACGUUGCGGUAGGGCUCAAUGUUCAUAAGGGCGUGGAAUAUCGUCGUUACCCUAGCCCAAAAGCCCUCCGCAUUUUGGGCCGUCCCUAAACGUGAAACAAAAUAGUGAGCAAAAAAAAUAUACUUAAAAAUUGUAAGAAAAAAUGUAAAGUAAUAAAAUUAACCUUUGAUU